AUGAGCGCGUUGACCCGGCUGUUCGCGAGCGCGGCUGCCAGGCUGGGCGGCGCCGGGCGCCUGCGCCCUUGCGCCCGGCCGUUCGACGCGCGAUGGCGCAGGUCGUUCUCCGCGACCGACGGCGGCGACGGCGAGGACGAUGACGCCGACGCAACGAAGGGCGCCCACCCGGGCGAGGGGGAGGAUCAGGCGGAGGACGCGUCCGUGGAGGCGUCCCACGAGGGCGCCGGUGGCGCGGGCGACGACGAUGGCGACGGAGCGACGCGCGAGGAGGUCGCCUUCAGGACCGAGGACGUCAAGGGCACCGCGGAGGACGGCGAGGAGAUAGAACUCGUCGCCGUCGUACCCGACGAUCCGAACUCGUACGACGAACAGGAGAAGAAGGGAUGGCUCUACGACCUCACCGAGCAGGGGCACACGCUCCGAUGGAACCCUAACAUUCGCAACGCGCACCUCAGCGAUCGCGCCAAGACGCAGAUGUACGUCAUGCACCGGAAAGAUCCCAAGACCUGGGACGUGCCCGCGCUGGCGGAGCGGUACAGGAUCCGGCAGCAGCGGGUGAUGGCCAUACUGGCGCUGAAGCAGAUUCAGCACGACACGGUCAAGGCGGGGAAGUCCACGUAUCCCCACCUCGAGGCGGCGUUUGAGCAGAUCCACGGCUCGGAGCACGUCGGGUCGGGGGAGCGGCACGUGCGCGUGGUGCCGACGCUGCCCAACUUUGCGGUCGUACCCGCGGGCACCCCCGAGCACGAGCUGCGCGAGAUCCUCCCCAAGUACCUGACCGACGACGAGCGCGCGGCGAACGAGGAGAAGGAGCUGGUGAGGCAGUUCAGGGCUAACCUUGAGUACAACACGGGCGCGGCGGCGCCAGGGCUGAACCGCAAGGGGCGGCACAAGCACCCCACCGGGCGGCCGAAGGGGGGAUACGGCCUGCUCGUGACGCCCCUCGUCAACGAUAACGGCAAAAAGGCACACGCCCGGGCGAAGAGGGAGGGGCGAAGCUUAAAGCCGCCCAAGCCGUACGUCGCCUACGCCGACGGGACCAAGCGGGACCUCAACGAGGACGAGGAGGUGAUGAUGCGGCGACGAAAGGUGAUGCCCUUCAGGCGGCUGCAGUGA